CAUUUAAAUGAAUCAAAUAUGCAUAAUGGUAUUGAAACCGAUCAUGGAGAUCAAUCAACAGAUGUCAAGUCAAUAACAAUAGUGAAAAAUGCCAAAUUGUUUCGUAAUAAUAGCUCUGCUACAAGCAAAAAUAAUAUUGAUUAUAAUAGUCAUUUAAGAAGAGCGUACACUGUAAUAAAACCUCCAGAAAAGCUAAUCACAUCGAAAGCUUAUAUAAGUUUAUCUUCUUCUGGGAAAUCAUCAAACAAUAAUCAAGUUUCAAAAACAAUGACUGAAGAACCGACGACAAACAUAAGAUAUGAUCAACAAUCUCCAAGAUCUGAAUCAAAUUAUCAAUAUUCAUUAAUGGAUUCUACUGGAGAAAGUAAUCAUAGUAAAUUGAUUACAACAAAUGAUUGGUUAAUAGUUGAACAUGAACAAUUGGGCAAUGAAUCAACUGGUGAACUUCAUUUAACUGUUGGUGAUAUCCUUAAGUGUAUUGAUUCAAGUCCCCAAGUUUGUGACAGACGUAGUGAUUCUCAUCUUCAGUAUUCAAUAUCUUCAUCAUCAUCAAGUAGAAAAUGGAUAAAAUGUGAAAACUGGUUUGGUGUUAUCGGUUUAGUAAACAUUUCCAGUGUUCGAGUUAUUGAUAACUCAAAUGAACUGGCUUAUUAUUUGGAAGCUAGACCACGUGUCAAAGCUUUAUAUACAUUUGAUAAAGAAACUGAUGAAGAUUUAGCUUUGUCGCCUGGUGAAAUAGUGUAUUUAUUUGAAGCCAUUGAUGAAAACUGGUAUCGUGGUGAAUCGGCUACUACUGGCGAUCGUGGGAUGUUUCCGGCCACAUUUGUUGAAGUUAUCAAACCUCUGUAAAGAUUCAUAAGACUAACUAUGAUCUAAAUUCCAUGUAAUUAUACUUAAUCUAUUACCUUUAGAACAUACUUUACAAAUAAACAUGAUGUAAACACUACUAAAAC